AGUUCGAUUGGUAGAACACUGGACUGUUGCACUAGAGGUCCCGGGUAUGAUCCUCAGCAGUAACUCUUGCAUUUGGCACCCAUGUUGGGACCUAGAUAAUCUAUGACGGGUGAAAGUGAUUGCUUCCAGAACUUUGCCCCACAGGCAUUAGCACUUCGGGAGAGUGAGUAUGCCUCAUGCGUCUCUCUCUCUCUCUCUGGAGGGCGACAAUGUGUCAAUGUAGAGACAUGGCCUUCCGAAUAGCUCCAUGGCUAGCAGUUUAACCUUAAGUUCGAUUGGUACAGCACUACAUUGUCCUUCCAGAGGUCCUGGGUUCAAUCCUUAGCAGAGGCAUAUAUACUUGACUGUGUUACAUUAUGUUAUGGGGUGUCUCUAUUUUGUGGUUUUACUCUUCAUCAAACUUAAGGUUUUGAAAUCUGAUUCUUUGAUAGCAGACAUUUGAAUAUUUUGACUAGUCUGAACAAUGAAAUGUUGUUGUCACUUUCUGUUGAUGCAAAGAAUUUAUUUGGAUUUAAAGAAAUAAUUUUACAUGUAUUUGAAUUUUUUGAUAUGUUCAUAAUCACCAUAAAAAUAAGGAAUUUCACUGUUACAGUCUUAAAGAUCGAUCGACAGGGGAUGCUUACUCCUCCUAGGCACCUGAUCCCACCUCUGGUAUAUCCAGGGGUCUUUGUUUGCCCAACUCUCUAUUUUGUAUUGCUUUUAGGAGUUUUGAGAUUGAUCACUGUUUGUUAUCUUCACCUUUCAUGUACUUUUGUAAUAAAUUGGACCCAAGUUUACAUCAUUCUGAGAUGUUACAUAAAAUCUGCAAAAGCAUGUGAAUCUUAUAUUCAUAAUCAUUUAUGGUAUAAUAAUCACUCCUCGAUUAACACAAUUGUACCUUGUUUCCUAUGUUUGUGAAUCUAUGGCUGAACUGGGAAUCAUACCCGGGACCCCUGCAUUACUAGUCAGGUGCUCUAGCCACUGAGCUACCCAGGCAAAUAUCCAUGGAAAUAGAGAGUUUGCUGAAAGAUGUUAUAAUGAAACGUGUAGAGAAUAAUGAAGACAGCAGAAGUAAAAGAAGCAUGUCAGAGGCUAAAAUUAUGACAGGUGAAAUGGUUAGAUUAGGUUACACCUUUAAGAAGAAAAUGGCAAAUCAGAUCUUGCUGAUAUCUGAUGAAAGUGACGAGGAAGAUUUUUAUGCUCACUCCUUGAAGAUUCAUUCAGAGAAGCUGGUGGUGUAUUACUAUUCACUUGAGCAGUCUGAUAGUCCUAAUUCUUCUGUAUGUUUGUCACAGAUGCUUAAAGCACUCGGCGACGGGAGUAUGUCACAGUCACAAGCAGGAAUGAUUAGCAUCAGUAGCUACUUCUGCAGAAAAAAGACAUCGAAAAAAGACGGUGAAUGUCAAGGUUCAGACAUAGAAAUUCAUAAUUUGGCUUCAGAUGAAAUGGAUGAGGAGAGGGUAGAAAAUAUUAACCAGCCAGACCAUGAGGAAAAACGUCACACCAUCAAAAACUUGGUCAAACGAAGUGCACCUGCUCUUUCAAGAAGAAAACACAGGAAAUUGGUGGCUACAACCAAAAUAGCAGACGUAAAGGAUUACAGUGACAGUGUAGACCAGAGAUCUGCUGGACGAACGUCGGGCGAGUCUGACCGAGAUAUCAGUCCGGUGUCGAGAGGGUCCUCGCAAGUUGAUUUUCCACUUUGUCAAGAACGAGGAUCUCCGUCUAAGAUCCUAGCAGAGAGUGCUUUAAUAGAUGGUAGAGAGAGUGGCUUUUCAUCAAAAGGUUCACUAGAACAAAUAUUGCAUAGAUCAAAGGACAGAAAGACAUUAGAUUUGCCUAUGAAAUCUAAAGAAAGCUUUGCCUCAAAUGUAGUUAUUGCUUCAGAGGGCAGCAGUUCUUGUGCUGUGGAUUCUGGUUUCUUUAGACAGAAUAGCAGCAGUUGUUCUGUGGCAUCAGCAAAUUCUAACAAUGGAAGCGGUUUGCAGAGCACGGACCUAAGCGAGGUGCAGAAGUCUGUAGAAAUAGAUGAGAGACGAUGUAGUUCUCUCAGUAAAACCAACUCUCUCAGUGUAACACAUCUUGAUUCUGACUCGGAUUUACCAGAUUUCAGUUUCUUGAAAAGGACUUCAAUAUCAUCACAUGAAAAGCAAAGGGAGGUAACUAGAAGCGCAGACUCGGAGGAUCAUUCAGACAGGAGCGAUGUAGUGAUACAGGCCUUAGAAGAGGGACCUGCUUCACCAAAAUUUGACAGAACAAAAAAUGUCAGGCCAGAAAAACGGCCAUUGUGUUUGUUAGAAACCUCUGAUGAGGACUCCAUGAACAAAGAUGGAGGGAUGGAAAAGAGAUCAAAGUUAAAGCGCCAACGUGUGAAACGGAACUUUCCCGUGUUUCCAGCAGAUCAGAAGGAGGACAAAACAUGUGAGUCAUCAGUGGACAGAAAUAAACCACUGACCACGGAGGGGACUGCAUCGAGAGAUGUUCAGGUGAACGAGUGGGAUGGACUUCCAGUUUUGUCGUCUUCUCGGAAUUCUAAAAAAGAGAAAAGUGAGAAGAACAAAUUAGAAAACACACAAACUACUUUUGACUUUCAGAGUGUAGCCACUUCAGAUUGGUCAAGUAAAACAAGAACAGAAGUUAAGGAAAUUCCAAAAGAUGGUAAUUCAGGGAAAAUUGAAUUGUUCAAAAAUCCGAAGAAUAACAGUGUUGCAGAAGACAGGAAGCCAAGGGUCUUCUCAUUCAAAAAGUCUUGUAGCUCCAACGAAAUGAAAAGGCAGUCCAUCUUAAACUUUCUGACACUCCAAGAACCAGAAGAAGUCAGUGAAGAGAGGUCUGAAGUGCUUGUCGAUGUGGAUUGUAGGGAUUCUGAUAGUCUAGACUGUGUCAUCAUUGACGGACUGGAUGACCUUAAAGAACCGGAGUUCAAAGAUGAUGAAUCACAAUCCAUUGAGAAGGAGAUUGAUAAUUUUUGUAAAGUUGAUCAGCUCAAUGAGCAGCAUUUACAUUAUCUGAUCAUGAAGAACAAAGUCUACCUCCAGGAUAUAUUCUCAGGAAAGGUUUCCUCAGAAAGACAUGAAGUUUACAAGGAAGGAGGGAAAGCGAGAAAGGAUCUAAAUCAUCAUGUUCAUCUUGGAUUAUUCACAGAGGAACAACUCGAUGUUGUCAUGGAAACCCUGAUGUCGAUAUUUUGCAAGAAGCAUCACAAGUAUCUGGAGUACAUCAUGAAAGUCCUCCUCCCGGAAGCCCUCAUCAAAAUCUACAUGAACUUUCACAAACUGUCACAUGAGGAGGCAGAGGAGGAGAUGUUGGAGGCAGUCAGGACACCAGGAGGAAUCCAUGUCUGAUAGAUAUUCACCUGUCUGUCAAACAGAAGAUGUAUGCCACUGACAGUUUUUACACAGAAGAUAUAUUAUUCUGCCGUGGACCACAUUUUGAUGGAGAAAGUCUUCUCAGGGAAAAAGAAGUGAAAUUUGUCUAAUCAUAACUUAUCUCCCCCAUUUCAGUGUAGUCAUAAGUUACCUCCCCUUUACAGGGUUGUAAUGUGUUACCUCCCCCUAGUCUAGUCACAGCAAUGUCACAAUUUUCCUUUUCUUGUCAGUUUAGGCAUUAGACGCAAUGUGUUGCAACCCUUUAUUAAAGGGGCAUGGACACAAUUUUGGUGCAAAAAUUAAUUAGAUAUUUAAUUCAUGAUAUGAUACAUAGCAACAAACCUAAAUUUCAAUAAAUGACACACAGAUAUCUUUGAGACAUAUAGACUUCUUUUGACAUAAUUUUUAGAAAUCUUCGGUGUUCUUACAUCUACAUGUGAAUUCCUGCCUAUGCCAAGCGUGUUGACAAACGAUUUUGGGAGCCAAAUUUUAUGUACAUAUAAAAAGCAUAUCCUGUGUUAAAAAUAUUUUUAAUCUGCUUAUAAGAGAUGUUUAUUUCUGUAACCAAAAACUGUCAAUUUCAAUCAAUCUAAAAUGUGUCCAUGCCCCUUUAAAAUGUAAUCUAAUGUAAAUGUACAUAUUGAUAUCAUAAUCUGAAUGUGUUUAUGCACAAAGAAAAUAAUAUUUGUUUGUUUUCAUCAUAAUUGAAGUUUUACUUGUCUAAUUAUUGUUUAUAAAAAUGUUCACCCAUCUCCUGAUCCAGACUUCCUGCAGUAAGCAAUCUGUCUGUCCUAGGUACCUGUAAUUAUGUUUCCCCUCUUCCAGGGGGAGACAUGGUUUUUGUACUUUCUGUCCGUCCGUCCGUCUGUCUGUCACAAAAUCUUGUGAAUGCAUCUCCUCCUAUAUGGCUUUUCUGAUAGACUUAAAACUUUGUACAAUGCUUCAUCAUUGCCUUUUGUAGAUACGUGUGCAUAUUGUCGAGACAGAAGGAUCCAGUUAUUUUCAUAAAACUUAUAGUGGAUCUAAGAGGGGUGGAGGAUGUUAAAAUAGCUUUCUUGUAAGCAUUUCUCCUAUAUGGCUUAUCAGGUAGACUUGAAACUUUGGACAAUGCUUCAUUGUCAUUGGUAGAUAUGCAUAUUAGCGAGAAGGGAGGAUCCAAUUAUUUUCCUAAAAAUUUAAGUGGAUCUAAAAUGAGGUGGAGGAUGUAAAAUAGCUUGUGAACACUUCUCCUAUAUUGCUUAUCUGAUAGAUUUGAAAUUUUGUACAAUGUUUCAUUGCCAUAUGUAGAUGUGCAUAUUGUUGGGAUGAGAGGAUCCAAUUAUUUAUUGUUAUAGUGGAUCUUGGGCCUGAAGGGUGUAAAGUAGUUUGUGAACACUUCUCCUAUGUGGCUCAUCAGAGUUCAUAAUGUUUAUGUUCCUGCUCAUGCUUUCUCCUCCAUUCCAUGCAGUACAUUAAAGGGGGAAUGUUUCAUUUGGUGCACUUCCAAUUUGGGGAACUGGGGAGACAUUUGUUUUUCAUAAAAACAAUCUCUAGCAAGAUGAUACUGGCCAGAAAUACAUACUUACAACAGAGGGGGUGCUGCUGUUAAUUUUUUUUUUUUGGGGGGGGGGGGGGGGGGAUAUAUUUUUGAUUUCUACAUUGAAGGAGAAUUAAGAAAUUGAAAAGAAAACGGGGCCAUAGCAUUCAGUUAUUGACUGGGUUGAACUUCGAGGACAACAACUGUUUUUGUUUUAUCCAAAGAUGGAUCUGUUGCCUGAAGCUGUAGGCUGAGGGCAACAGAUCCAUUCAAGGGUUAAACAAAAACAGCUGUUGUGUGAGGACACAGUCUGUAGCUGCUUUGUGCUUUUAGGUUGUUGUACUUGAUGCACAUGGUUUGUUGACUUUUAACAGGACAGUGUGAUUGCAUACAUUUGUCACCAUUACCACUAUUAUUAAAAAAAACAUACCCAA